GCUUGUCAGGAAAUUCUCCCUUCCCCAGAGGGAGCCUGUGGGCCUGAGGCAGGGCAGGAGCACUAUAAAAGGCAGCCCAAGUCCCUGCUCUCUCAUCCACUUCUUUUGCCUCCUCUCCUCGGGAAGCAGCCAGGAUCAUCUCCAGGCACCAGUCAUGUCCUGCUCCGAUAAGUGCUGUCCCUGUGGCCCCUGCCAGCCCUGCGGCCCGUGCCCGCUGGCCAGCAGCUGCAAUGAGUGCUGUUGCAGGCGGUGCCAGGACUCCGUUGUGGUCAUCGAGCCCUCUCCCGUGGUGGUGACCCUGCCCGGACCCAUCCUCAGCUCCUUCCCUCAGAACACCGCCGUGGGAAACUCCACCUCCGCUGCUGUUGGCAACAUCCUCAGCUGUAACGGAGUGCCCAUCAACACUGGCUGCUGUGACCUGUCCUGCAUCAUCAGCUGCUGUGGCAACAGAUGCCGACCCUGCUAAGAUUGUUGGCAACGGCCCAGUAACAGAACCUCCAACACAAUAGAACAUGCUGCUGGACAUGAGAUUUGAGGCAUUGACUUUAGAUCUCUGAGUAUUAGUUUCCUUCUUCCACACUCUUCUCUCUCUCUUUCCUUUGCCUUUGUCUUGUCCCAAUACCAGCCUGGUGGGGGACCUGUUGGCCUUGUCACUCUGCAGGGCUGGCAGAUGGACACCCUGCAGGAGCUCCACCACAUCUUGGUGCCUGCCCCUGGUGCUCCAUGGGAACCACCCGUUUUUCUUCUUUAGACUCAUUAAAGUUGUGUUGCA